AUGUCGUCGGACGAUGAAGCAGCAGGCCUUGACCUCUUCCAGGAACCUGAGGGCUACUUCCAGCCAGAAAAACCGCCGACGUAUGCGACGCACAAGCUGGAAUCGGGCGAAGAGUUGAAGGUCAGGCUGGUUGGUUUCAACCCGCUGUGGGGCCACCACAUCUGGAACGCCGCACGCACCAUCUCGCGCUUCCUCGAGACGCUCCCGCAGCAGGACACCGCCACCAUCCGCGGCCGCACCGUCCUCGAGCUCGGCGCCGGCGCCGGCCUCCCCAGCCUCGUCUGCGCCCUCGGCGGCGCCGCCCGCGUCGUCUGCACCGACUACCCGGACGCCGACCUCGUCGACAACCUGCGCCGCAACGCCGCCGAGGCCAGCCCGGAAGUCGCCGCCGCGUACGAGGCGGGCGUGCUGAGGGUCGAGGGGUACCUUUGGGGCGCGGAUCCGGCGGUGUUGUUGGGGCAUUUGCGGGGGGUGGACGGGCCGGAGGGGACGGAGGGGGAGGGGUUCGAUGUGGUGAUUUUGGCGGACUUGCUGUUCAAUCAUAGCGAGCAUGGGAAGUUGGUGGAGAGCGUGAGGAGGACGUUGAAGAGGGAGGGGGACGCGGUGGCGUAUGUGUUUUUUUCGCCGUACAGGCCGUGGCUGUUGGAGAGGGAUUUGGCGUUUUUCGACCUGGCCCGGGACGGCGGGUUGAGGGUGAGGAAGUUGGGGGAGUCGGUCAUGGAGAAGGUCAUGUUUGAGGAGGAUCCGGGGGAUGAACUGCUCAGGCGGACGGUGUUCAGCUACGAGCUUCGCUGGGCUGACCUCGUGGGCGAUGAGGACGGACAGGCUGAGAAGCAGCAGCAGCAAUGA